GACACAGCUAUGAAGCUUCGUGAUGGUCCAAUGUCAACAAAGACAUGCACCAUCACCACAUUGGCACCCACACAAACAAACAAAUACAAGACCAUCUAGCUGACACUAUGUCUUCCUCCCACAGCUCUCCAAGGUCGCCGUUCUCGGUGCCGCCGGUGGUAUUGGCCAGCCCCUCUCCCUGCUCAUGAAGCUCAACCCCAGAGUCACUGAGCUCGCUCUCUACGAUAUCCGCGGAGGCCCUGGUGUCGCCGCCGACAUCUCCCACGUCAACACCAAGUCCGUCGUCAAGGGCUACGACCCCACAGCCACCGGCCUCGCCAGCGCUCUCAAGGGCGCCGAGGUUGUCCUCAUCCCCGCCGGUGUCCCCCGCAAGCCCGGCAUGACCCGUGACGACCUCUUCAACACAAACGCCUCCAUCGUCCGCGACCUCGCCAAGGCCUGCGCCGAGUCCUGCCCCGACGCUAAUAUCCUCGUCAUCUCCAACCCCGUCAACUCCACCGUCCCCAUCGUCUCCGAGGUCUUCAAGGCCCGCGGCGUCUACAACCCCAAGCGCCUCUUCGGUGUCACCACCCUCGACGUCGUUCGCGCCUCCCGCUUCGUCUCCGAGAUCAAGUCCACCGACCCCAAGGACGAGAACAUCACCGUCGUCGGUGGCCACUCUGGCGUCACCAUCGUUCCCCUCUUCUCCCAGUCCAACCACCCCGACCUCUCCUCCAACGCCGAGCUCGUCAACCGCGUCCAGUUCGGUGGUGACGAGGUCGUCAAGGCCAAGGACGGCGCCGGCUCCGCCACCCUCUCCAUGGCCUUCGCCGGUGCCCGCAUGGCCGAGUCCCUCCUCCGCGCCUCCCAGGGCGAGAAGGGUAUCGUUGAGCCCACUUUCGUCGACUCUCCCCUCUACAAGGACCAGGGCAUCGACUUCUUCUCCUCAAAGGUCGAGCUCGGCCCCAACGGUGUCGAGAAGAUCCUUCCCCUCGGCAAGGUUGACGCCGCUGAGGAGAAGCUCCUCGAGGCCUGCUUCGCUGACCUCAAGAAGAACAUUGCCAAGGGUGUUGCCUUUGUCGCCUCUAACCCCCCCAAAUAAGUGCACACUCGGUCACUUUGUUGUAAACUAGGGGACAUGUUGUAGUAGAUGGAAACCACACACAAAUGGUUGAGCAGGGUUGGAAAACAAACAAAAUCACAUCCCAUACAUACUUUUUUUUCCUCGUAGCCAAAUACCGGCUGGGAAAGAGAAAAAUGGGGAUGACGAGUAGACACAGAAGCGCACACAAAAAAGUCGUGCUUCCCUGCUCGUGGCAUCGACUUUGGGUCUGCCUCUGUACCAUAAAUUUCAAACACGCUUGACUUCAAACUUUCUGUUCAUUGACA